UCAUUUGGGUAUCUGACUAUUCAGCGUUAACGCGAUAAAUUAUGUACACAGUGUGGCGCACGUGUUGACGACUGACGAGGCUCUGCUUUCGUUCCUUACUGUUCUAAAGAAGAUUGUGUAUUAUUUGCUUAAGAUAGAUUCACCCAAGGGUCCAAGAGAAGCCAGAGAUUUCUUCACAUUGUCUUAUUUCAAUAGUAGACUGUCAUGGGCAGACGAAGGAAGAAGGCCCGCAGCAGCAAGGCAGAGGAGUCAGACUAUGAGAGCGAUGAUGAGAGAGCCUACAAGAAGAUGCCGGUGCCAGACCCCACGGCACCAAACUACUACAUGGACGAGGUGGAUGAGUUUAAUGAGAAUAGAGACAAGAUACUCCUGGAGAGAGACCAGAGGUUUGAUGGAGACAGCGACUCAGAGAAUCAGGAAGAGAUACUUCCUCUAGAUUACUCAGACUCGGACGAUGACAUCGAAGAGAAGCUUCGCCGCAUCCGAACCCAGCAGCAUCUUGAUGAGAUUGCCAGUGACUUGGAGGAGGACGAUGAGGAGGGAGGGGCGGAGUCAGGGGAGGAGGCGGGACUCCCUGAUGCCAAAUCUUGGGGGAAGAGAAAGAAAGAAUUCUACAGCACGGACUACGUGGAUGAUGAUAUGCCUGGUGCGAGUGCAUCGGAGGAUGAAGGAGCACUGGAGGAAGAAAGAGAAGCCUUGGCCAUCCAGAAGAGGAUGUCAGAGAUGAUGCAAGAGACUGACUUUGACAUGCAACUCUUCCAGGUUUCAGCCAAGGCCAAAGAAAAAAAAGAGGAUGAUUUUGAGGAUGAUGCAGAGGAGAAAGUGGUGAAAGAUUUGAGUAAACUCUCCAAACGAGAGAAGAUGGAGAUUCUGAGGAAAGAAUCACCAGAAUUUCUCGAACUUGUGGGAGACUUCAAGACAAAGUUGAAGGAAGUGAUAGACACGUUACACCCUUUGCUCAGCAUGGUGCAAGAUGGUAGAAUACCAGAGGGACCAGGUGCUGACUACAUCAAGACAAAAUUCAGACUCUACUUGAAUUACUGUGUGAACAUUAGUUUCUACAUGACACUGAAAGCCAAGCACGUUCCAGUCAACAAUCAUCCGGUGAUUGCUCGGAUCCUGGCCCAUAAAAAGUUGAUCAAAGAGCUUGAACCGUUGGACCUCAAACUUGAAGCAGAAAUAGAUGAACUGCUAAGUUCUCCACUGGCUGAUGAAAUCAAAGGGAGUUCAAAACCUGAUGUCACGUUGCCAUCACCAGAUGACAGUGAGAUGGAUUCUAGUGAUGAUGAUGACAGUAUGUACAGUGACGAUGAUGCAGCAUUAACACAAAGCUCCAAACAGAAACCCAGCAUCAAGAAGAUCACCAAGACGAAAUCACAAGCACCCUCAUCGAAUGGCCACGGGGGUAAGCCAGCUAAAAGGAAGCACCAGAAACCAAACAUAGACACCAAUGAAGGCUGUGGAAUGUCUCCAGAUGAGGAACGAAGAGCGUUGGAGUAUUAUGAGAAGAUUGCCAAGGAGGUACAGGACAAGAAGUUGGAAAGGAAGAAGCAAGCCAAAGAAUUUGAGAGUCAAGACCAGAACAACGAGGCAGAACUGGAAGAAACUGAAGAUGGAAAGCGAGCCAUCACAUAUCAGAUUUCCAAGAAUAAAGGUCUUACUCCGCAUCGCAAGAAAGAGCAACGUAACCCUCGAGUCAAGCACAGGAUGAAGUUCAAGAAAGCCAAAGUCAGACGGAAGGGUCAGGUCCGGGAAGUUAGGACGGAGAUGCAGCGUUAUGGUGGUGAGGUGUCGGGCAUCAGGGCCGGUGUCAUCAAAAGUGUCAAGAUUAAAUGAUUACUUUUCCAGAGUCACAUUUUUCAGUCUGAAGGAGUUUAAUAUGAAUUCCAUUUUGCUGUUUGCAUGAAGUUAAACCGUUGGACUAGCAAAUCAUGAUGAAAAGGUUCCAUUUGUGAUUUAAUUGGGAGGACAAUAAAAUGCAAAUCCCAGGAAAUUUUAAUUUGAUGAAAAAAUUACAAAAUAGUGCUUUGAUUAAGUAUAUGUCAAAAGCAUCAUGCCUAAUUUGCUUAAACAGUCACCUGGAUGGAAGUUCUUGUUAUUGGUCAGAUUCUCAUAAUAACCUAAUACUUGCAUUUUUAUUUAAAUUUUGCCUCAAAAUUAUGAAAUACAGACUUUAAAGUUGUAUAAAGAAUGGUUCUGGUUAUUUUUUUGGUAAUAAAGCAUUGGUAUCCAAAUUAAUUACCAUCAUAAAAA